GGUGAACCAUCAGAGUCUCAUCAUGAAAGUCCGUCACACUUUGAUCGUCUUCUUCUUCUUCCUCUCAGAUCUGCAGGAUGGAAACAACGGUCUGGUCAAAGCCCAAGUCUAUUCAGGAGCUGAAGGAGGAGAUGUCAGAGUUAAAUGUCCGUCUACGUUUCAAAGCAGGAAGAUCUUCUGUAAGGAACCGUGUGAACAAGAAGACAUUCUCAUUGAAACAAAGAAAUUCAAAGAUCAGAAAGGCAGAUACAGCAUUGAAUGGAUGAGUGGAAGCAGAGAUGUUGAUGUGACCAUCAGACAGCUGACCAAGUCUGACUCAGGACUGUACAGGUGUGUUUCUGGAUCUUCAUCACAGCAGAUUGAAGUCAUCGUUAUAGAUGCUCUGCUGGAUGGAGAUCCUUCUGAAGAAAAAACCCUCUAUUCAAGAACUGGAGGAAAUGUCUUAGUUGAAUGUUUCUUUGAUACCUCUGGAUCCAGGAUAUACUUCUGUAAGGGAGAAUGUAAAGAUGAAGACAUUCUUGUUGAAACAACUGAUUUCACAGCUCAGAGAGACAGAUACAGCAUCAGAUAUGUACCAGGAGCUCCAUCAGGAGUAUUUCUGUAUGUGGGCAUCAAACAGCUGACCAUGUCUGACUCUGGACGGUACCGGUGUGUUCUGGACAAGCCUUUAGCUUCAGAUCCUUACCAUGAGUUUGAGAUCGUUGUCACAGAUGUCCCAUCAGCCUCCACAGCAACAACGACUCAGAGUUUUAACUCCACUUCAGGAAGUUCUGGACCAACAACUAGAGGUGUGUGGUUGUAUGCAGUGAUUGUUGUGGUCAUUGUCAUCGUCUCAGGACUGGCGCUGAUGAUAUUCUGUAUUCGGAGGAACACCAAACCUGAUGGUGUGAACACCAGAGGAACCUCAGAAGGCACAAACAUGGAGAUUGCCCUCUAUGAGAACUGUUCUCCAGUCUCCCCAUCUGAAGACUCCACCUAUCAGAGCCUCGAUCCAGCCAGCAGGGAUCAGGACCAAACCUACUCUACACUCACACACACAUAACACACAUGACCUGGAUUCUGUUGCUGUGUAUUUAUGUGGAAAACCCCAAAACAUAUGGGUUAAUCUUUCCCUCUGUUCUCUGCCCUUCUUUAAUUUCUCUUUAGUUUUUAGUUUUUCUUUAUUAUUUUCUGCUCUGGUAUUUGUCCCAGUUCCCUUUCCUCAAGAAACAUUUUAGUUUAU